UGUAGCUCGGCUCUAAUAAUCAGCUCUCGGUGUUUGCGGUCAGUCGGAGAGAAGCGGAGCGAUGCUAGGCGUCUGACCGUGGCGCCGAAGGGACAAACGGGGUUUAAAAUCCGACCGGGUCGCUCUGGAAUGAGGUCUGGUGACUAGAACCAGACAGGAGCAGUAGUAACGAGAACCAUGGUGACCAAGAAAAUCCGGACAGAGUAUAUGAAGAAGUUCAGGGAUCCCAGGUGGGAGACGUUUUCUAAAUGUUACGAGGACUCUCUGAAGUACCGUCUGACCAGGCGGGUGAUGGAGCACUCCCACAAGCCCUGGUUCUGGGAGGGCUGGGACAGCAGCUCCGAGUCCAGCGGCUGGUCCACGCCCAGGCUCAGCAGGAACAAAAUCGCCCCUCUGUCCCUCCCAAUGCCACCCCCUCCCACGGAGGUGAAGCACAGCCCGUCCAGGCCGGGGCCGAAACCUCCUUCUGAGGACGGAGAGACGGAGGAGGGAGUGGGAGAGGCACCGGUUGGAGACGCUGCAGCAGUUAUAGAGAACGGUGUGAAUGAAGCCAGCGGUGGUUCAGAGGACACGGCGACAGACAGCGGCCCCGCUGACACCACGUCUUCUGACGGGGAGCCCGUAAACCCGGGACCGAAGCGGCGUCCCCGCCGUCGCACGCCUCGGUCAGAGCCGGGACACCGGGACGGUUCCCACGACGACAAACCGGCUGUCGUACGCAAACCGCCGAGAGCGAAGAGCACGCCGCCGGUCAUCACCAAGGAGGAGAACCGGAGACCGCCCGGCCGACUGGACUGGAACGAGAGACAGACGGAGGUCAGACGGACGCCGAAUGACAGCAACACGUCGGACGCCUGCGUUCAGACGCGCCGGGAGUCCGACAAACGCAGCUCCAACGUGGAGCGGCGCCGGGCUCGGUCGGCCGACCUGGAGAAGACGAGGCGGUCGCAGCUCACGGUGGCGGACGAUCGCUGGAUGACCGAGUACAUGCGCUGCUUCUCCGCCCGGCUGAGGUAGAGACUACAGAUGGCCUGAAACCAUUUUUUGCUUCCCGAUACCGAUUCCGAUACCUGAACUUGCGUAUCGCCCGAUACCGAGUACCGAUCCGA